AUGGCUGAAAAGAGAAGUGAAGACGUAAUUCAACAACGUGAAGAGGCAGACAAUGGAUUUAAAAGUUGUAUUAACAACAAUGAUGAUGAUGACAACAAUUCAAGGGAAAAUGCUACUCCUAUUAGUCCACCAAAUGUAGUUGCACCUUCCUUCAAGAAGAAAAGAGGAGGAUGGAAAUCAGCAAUUCUAGUUUUAGCAAACCAAGCAUUAGCAACACUAGCAUUCUUUGGGGUUGGUGUGAACUUGGUAUUGUUCUUAACAAGAGUACUACGACAAGAGAAUGCUGUUGCUGCUAAUAAUGUUAGUGUGUGGACUGGCACUGUUUACUUAUUCUCACUUGUUGGAGCCUUUCUUAGUGACUCUUAUUGGGGUCGUUUCCUCACUUGCACUGUUUUCCAACUCAUUCUUCUCUUGGGGUUGGUGAUACUUUCAUUGACAUCAUGGCUAUUCUUGUUGGAUCCAAAAGGUUGUGGUGAUGGUAAAUUGGUGUGUCAAGAAACAUCAGUAAUUGGUGAAAUAAUAUUCUACAUAUCAAUUUAUAUGGUUGCAUUGGGGUACGGAGGACAUCAACCAACAUGUGCAACAUUUGGGGCAGACCAAUUUGAUGACUCUGACCCAAAAGGAGAAUCUUCUAAAGCAGCAUUCUUUUGCUACUUCUAUUUUGCACUAAAUUGUGGCUCUUUGUUUUCCAAUACUGUUUUGGUGUAUUAUGAGGAUAAUGGGUAUUGGACUCUUGGAUUUUGGGUAUCAUUUGCUGCUGCUCUUUUGGGAGUUAUUCUCUUUGUGGUUGGAACACCCGGCUACCGGUUCAUUAAAGCGUGCGGCAACCCUUUGCCGCGCGUUGCUCAAGUGUUUGUUGCUGCCUAUAGGAAGUGUAAUAUCAAAGUUUCUAAUCCAAAUGAGCUCUAUGAAGUUGGAGGUUCCGAGUCUGCUAUCAAAGGAACGAGGAAGAUUGUUCACUCGGAAUAUUUUGGGUUUUUAGAUAAGGCGGCAAUAAUAACUCGUGAAGAUACAUCGGAACCAAAAAAUGCAUGGCAUAUUUGCACGGUCACACAAGUUGAGGAAGCCAAAUGUGUCCUCAAACUCCUCCCUCUUUGGCUUUGCACCAUCAUAUACUCGGUCAUAUUCACUCAAAUGGCUUCACUCUUUGUUGAACAAGGCGAUGCCAUGGACACAAAAAUAGGCAAUUUCCACCUCCCAGCAGCAAGCAUGUCUGUAUUCGACAUUUGUAGUGUCCUCAUUUGUACGGGCAUAUAUCGUCAUAUCCUCGUCCCUAUAUUUGGAAAAUUAAGUGGAAAUCCUAAGGGAUUAACUGAGCUCCAAAGAAUGGGAGUAGGACUUAUCAUUGGUAUGCUAGCUAUGGUAGCUGCUGGAAUUACAGAAAUUGAACGUCUUAAAAGAGUUGUAAAUCAUGAGGAAAAAAGCACUUUGAGCGUGUUAUGGCAAAUCCCACAAUAUGUUCUUGUGGGUGCCUCAGAAGUUUUUAUGUAUGUUGGGCAACUUGAGUUCUUCAAUGGACAAGCUCCUGAUGGGAUAAAAUCUUUUGGCAGCUCGCUUUGCAUGGCAUCCAUGUCUUUUGGAAAUUAUGUUAGUAGCCUAUUAGUUCAUAUGGUAAUGCUAAUCACAGCGAGAGGUGACAGUCCAGGAUGGAUACCUUCCAAUUUGAAUCACGGACAUGUGGAUAGGUUUUAUUUUCUUAUUAUGACACUUACGGCGAUUGAUGUUGUGAUAUAUGUGUUAUUUGCUAAGUGGUACAAACCUGCUACUUUCUUAGAAGCUAGCCAUAGAUUGGAAAGAGAGACUACAUUUGAUGGAGAUGUGUCAGUUAAAAGAGUAUGAACACCAAGCUAGUUAGUAGUUUUAUUAGAUUUGAUUAGAAUAAGAUUAUGGUUUGCAUUCUAUUUUAAUUAAGGGUUUUAAUUUUAUUUAUGAUAUGCACCAAAUUUGUUCUGUUGAGUAAUUGUAUUAGGAUUAGACUUUAGAGACAUUAAAUCAUAUAAAAUAAUAUUUGAUUAAGGAUUGACAAAAUAUUUAAGUGUGAUGAAUACUAAUUAAGUCUUGAGUUAGGCUAUAUUAUAUAUAAAACUCGUGAUUUUAGAGACAAUAUAGAUUAAUUCAGUUAGUUAAUCUACUAAUAGCUUGUCACCUCCAGGGCCGUCGCUGGGGCGGGGCAGGUGGGGCAACCGCCCAGGGCCCAAAGUAAGAAAGCCCAAAAAUGGUUAUACUGAUAAAAAUUAGGAGCCUAAAAAAAAAAAAAAUACAGUGUAUUUAAAGCAUUUCUUCUUUUCCCCAAGUUCUUCAACCCUAAAUUUUCGCAAUGUAUUUUUAGUUUCCAAUGCCUACUGAAAUUAAUUCUGUCCUCAAAUUUCUACUUACUCUUUCUAAAUCCAACUCAUAUUCAAUUUCUUUUAAAAUCAAAUCCUUAUUUAAUUAAUGAUGAAUUCAUUACUCCAUUGUUGAACAUCUCUGAUCAAAAG